CUUCGAGUACAUCAUGGUGCUGUGGACAACUUGGCUUUGACAGAACGACCACCUUACGAAGUAUUUAUAGUUGUCAAACAAACUUUAGUUAGUAUGGGCAUUGAAAUUAAGCGUGAAGGAGAUUUUAAAGUCAGGUGCAUUAGACGCAAACGUAAAGUUAUUGAAAAUGGCAAGCCGUCUAAUAAAGAAACUUCUAGAGGCCAAAAGAAUAAAGAGAAAGACAUUUUAUACGGUGACUCAACUGUGGAUUCUGGUGAAGAAAUUCGAUUUGCAGUUGAAUUGUGUCGUAUUAAAAAUCUUCCUGGACUAUAUAUUGUUGAUAUUAAGAGAAUGAAGGGUAACCUUUGGGGUUAUAAAUUUUUGUAUCAUACACUUCUUGAAAAAUUGGAUCUGAAAAAAAAUGGCGGAUAUUUGACUAUUGGUACAAGUGGAGGAUUUAUUUCAUAA